UGACCAUGUUUUGUUGGAUGUUGUCUGUUACCCAGACAACGGUCUUGUCUCGUUAGUUGGCCCCUUGGUGAACGCCUGGAAGCGUUCAUUAAGGGGGGGGGGGGCUUCUGUCAUGGUUCUGCCUCUUGUUGUCCUGUCUUUCUUGGUCUUGUGGCAGAACCAUGGCAAAGCCUCGUGUUUUGUGUGGAGAGAAACAUAUUUUUGUCGGUCACGACAUAAUAUGCGUUCUCUCCGGUCUCGUCUUUGGUCCUGCCCCUCUCGUUCCCCUUUUAGCUUCCCGCCUGUUCUCUCAUUACCCACACCUGCCCAAUUGUUAUCUCCUUUGUUAGUUCCCUAUUUAAUGCCCUUGUGUCUAUUGUCCUGUGCUUGUUCGUACUUCUUGUUUCCUGAUGGUUUGUUCCCUAAAGGAUAUCUUGUUAUACCUUUGUUACCUGAUUAUUUUCUGUCCACAUGUUUGUUAUAUUAUGUUAUUUAAAUAAAAACCCCUAGACUAAGUUUUGUGUUAUCUCCCUCCUUGUGUUAUGGCAGUGGCUGUAACACUCUGAAUCUCAAGUUUAUUAUUACUACAAUGGGGUUUCCCCAGAAAUAUGUUACUUUGAAGAUGGAAAUUAAAAAGUGGGGCAAGCAGGAAGACUCGAUGUGUUCACAUGGGCUGAGCAUGUGAACGGGAAGGUCUGAGGACAGCAUGGGUUUUUGAAAGGUCAUAACAUAUGUCACUUCUGAACCUGGCAGUCUUGUCGAGCAAGCCGAUGAGGAUGAAUCAUGGCAAUAACAAAUUAACAUUUUUGUCUUCCCAUCUUGGUGACACUUCGAUCCAUUGAGUUAUUCUUCAGACCAUGAAGAAGUUCAGCAAAAGAGUCCAAAUUAAGCUUGCACAUGUGGCAUAGUAAAGCCUGACAUGUGCAGGAAAACUAUGUGACACCAUUGUGUGAAAGGUAUACCAUUAUGUAUAAAAGAGACUCAGGACGACAAAAGCAUGAAAUGGAUUUUAUCAUUGGAGUUUGGCAAGUGGUGUUACUUUUUCUUUUCAACUGCAAACUAUGUGGAUGCUACGGAAUAAUUUGUGCUGGAACAGUAAUGGUAAAAUCAAACAUCAUUCGUCUGGGAACAAACUUGACAGUACGAUGCCAGUCGGACACUGAACGGUGUGGCAGACACUUUGCCAUAACCUUCAAUGGAAAGACCAUUUUCGAAAAAACAAAUUGCUCUUUUGUACAAACGGAGAUAGUCGUCAAUCAGCCCAGAUCCUGGGUCCUCUGCAGUGUCAAGGAGAACGAAAACUGGCACAUUGUUUGCGGUCAAGAUCUCACAGCUGGCUAUCCACCACCAAAGCCAACAAAAUUCAACUGCGUCACGCACAGACAUUCAGACUAUGUGAUCUGCUCCAUGGCAGUCACAACUGAGACACAUUUAUCUACCAACUACACAGUAACAUUUGAGCAUAAAUGGACAUCUCAAUCUCUUCAGUAUGAAAUGAAGAAUGGCCAUGUCUCUGUUCCAAGAUCUGUGUUUAAUGAAACCUUAACAUAUGAAGUGCAUGUAAAGGGGUACAAUGAAUUAGGAGAGGCUAACUCCACUUUCACCUUCUCAGUUUUGAACUGCGUGAUUCCAAGCACUCCAGAGAUAACAAAGGUUGAGUUUAACAAGGGCUCUUUUUCUCCUACAAUACGUUGGGAGAGCUCGGACGAUUCGCUGAAACCAAGCUUAAGGUUCAGAAGCAUACACAAUAAUCAGGACUGGGUUCUGGGAAAAGUGACAGAGCUUCAAGAUGGACUCAUACUAAUGCAGGAAAGCUUAGAACCAUUUAUGUCGUAUGUGCUGGAGCUGAGAGUGUGUGUCAAUUUAACAAACUGCAGCAUGUGGAGUCACCCCUUCAACAUAAACAGUCCUGGAAUAGCACCCUCUCACAAACUGGAUGUGUGGAGAAUAAUCAAGAAGAAGGAUGCCCAUGGCCUUCAGCAUGUUACAGUGUUGUGGAAGCCAUAUAAAUCAGAAAAUUACACUGGAAAUUUGUUACAAUACAAAUUAUCUUAUGAAGAAAAGGACAAAGUCCAUGAAAUGAACUGCUCAGCUGACAUCACUCGUCACACACUUCAGCUUCCCCUUGAAGUGGCAGAGAUCAACGUCAAUGCUAUUACAUCUGCUGGCUCCUCCCCCUCAGCACCUGUCAGCUUGGCAUAUACAGGUAAACCAGCCCCUAUCAUAACACAUUUAGCUCCAGCAACAGGGGGCAGUGUGCGUCUAGAUUGGGACGUGUCUCAUUACAGCGAGGGUGUGGAAAGAAUUAUGGGUUUUGUAGUCCAGUGGCAUAAGAGUCCAGUGCAUUUACAAUGGAAGAGAUUAGCAAAAGACAGCAGUUAUACAUUCCUUGAAGGUAUGCAAGCUGGUGUCUUGUAUAACAUUUCUUUAUAUAUUGAAGAAGCCAGUGGAGUUUCAGAUCCUGCAUUUGCUCAAGUUUAUUCAAAAGAAGAGAAGCCAUUGACUGGUCCAGAUGUGUCAAUAACUCAUGUAGAGGAGAAGCACGUUCUCAUCCAAUGGGAAGAAUUAGAGCAAGAGAAACGGAGGGGAUUUAUCACAAACUAUACCAUUUACUUUCAGAGACACACUGACAAGACACUCAUUCAGAACACAACUCUACCCAACACACUUCCAAGAUCUCUAAAUUGGAAGCUGCUGGAUCCGCAGGAAAGUUUAGACGUACUGGUCUCGGCAUGGAACUCUGCGGGUGAAGGACCCAAAGGAAAAGCCGCCACAUCACUCCCCAGUUUGACAUGUGGGAAGACUGUGUCAGACUACACAACAGAUAGAAUGGUAGCUGGAUUUUGCUUGGUGGCUGCUGUUCCUAUAGUGAUCCUAGCCAACCUGAUGUAUCUAAAAUGUGUGCGGCAAAGAAUGAUGAAGAUGUGCAUGUCCAUGGGAGUCACAUGGCUUUUUGAGAAUUUACCUAAAUUUGAUAAUAGCAAUGCUAUAAAACUACUAAAGGAUGAGAGCUACCAUCCAUGGGGACCUCUUACUGGGGACAGUGAUCCUCCCUUAACUCCCAUUGAAGAAGUUACACCAUCCUGGGAGCGGCAAGACUCUUAUCCAACUGUUCUUCACGAGGAUGUCCCAGAUAUACCCGUGGAGAGGCAGAGUUGUAUCGAAUGUCCCUAUAAGCCACAGAGAACAGAAGGAGUCUAUGAGACUACAGAAGAAGAGGUAAAAGAUGAGGAGGAUCAAUUCCAUUCGCUGAUGUCUCCAUUACAUCUGCUUUAUGACUUUAGUUGGGAUAUAAGCAGCAUUCCUGUGAUACCUGGACGCCUCAAUAGCAUCUUACCUAUGGACGGAAGUCUUGGAUCCUUAAGCGUUCUUGAAAGCUUCCUGUCAACCCCUCAAUCAAAUGAAAAUGAUGGAGGAAUAAAAGAGUACAAGAGGAAUGUGGAAACACGAACUGUAGAGCAGAGUUCAUUCAUAAGCCAAACUGUACUUCCUAAUGACCUAGAGAGCUGUUUCCUUAAUUCUAGUCCAUACUCUCCACAAGGGGGUUGUUUUCGUUUUUUGCAAGAAGAGGAUUAGGAGCUCUUUUGUAAUGAAGUGUCCCGUCACUGACAUCUUUAUCUAAAGCAGAAGGGUGCAUUUGUCCGAGCAUCGAUCAAGAUGACAAAGCAACGAUGCCGAACUUUCUGCUUGUCAACGGACGAUGGGGCGAGUCUCUUUGAAAGUCAAUAUUUAGUUUGGUGACACUAGUGAUGUUGGAAUGCUGCAAACAGACAUGCGGAGUGAUUCAAACUGUGAACUGUUCUAGUGUUGUUAUAAGAAAUAGAAGCACUCUUGGAUCGCUGAACCAAUGCUAGUAAUAAUGUUAAAUGAUACGGCAUAUAGGCAAAUAAAUUAGUGUUAGUUUACCCCAAAAUUAAAAAUGCUGUCAUUAUUUACUCACCCUCUUGUCAUUUCCAACCUGUAUGACUUUCCUUCUUACGCAGAACUCAAAAGAAGAUAUUUUGAGAAAUGUUGUUAACUGGCCCCCAUUCACUUGCAUUGGUUUUGUGUCCAUACAAUAGAAUGGGGGCCAGUGCUGUUCGGUCACCACCUUUCUUCAAAAUAUCUUCUUUGGUGUUCUGCAGAAGAAAGAAAGUCAUACAGGUUUAAAAUGAGAUGAGGGAGAGUAAAUGAUGACAGAAUUUUCAUUUUAGGUGAACUUGUAAUCUGAUGAGCAAUUUAAACUAACCAUGUUUACAAUAAUGUAAAGAUUAUUAAGACCACAUACAAACUAAGUUGCACAUACAAGGACUAUUACCUUAAGCAUUACUUUUUACAGCAAUGAACAUAUCUAGGCAUUGAAGACUUACUGUACUUCACAUCUGUAUAUCUCUAUUAGCGAUUCAUGCGCUUCCUUACAAAAAGUAAUAGGAAUAUUUUUUUGUAAAAAAUUAUAUUAUAUACUAUUAUAAAAUAGAAUAUUUUUGUAGUAAGUAUAAUAUCAAUGGAUUAGUAUACUUUUACGUGCGCUAUUUCAAUACUACUUGGAACUAAAUUGACCCACUUUUAGUUUUUAAAAGUAGACUUUUAAGUAUAUUUUAUGUGUAACUUUGAGUGCACAGCUACUUUACAGCUAUUUUUUUGUUUGUAUUGCAACUAUACUACAAGUGAACAUAUAUGAAUACUGUACUUUACUAGUUCAAUACUUGUAGUGCAUUUUUAUUUGAUCAAAGUACACUUCAAGUCAAGUACUGUAUACUCAAUGUACUUCAUCAAAAGAUUGAGGACAAGUAUUGGCCAAAUAUACUUAGAUUUUUCUGUCAGUAUAGAUCAAGAAUCCCAAUUGUCAUUUUAACUAUAUUUCUUUGAAGUACAUAAAAUAUAGACCGGGAGUAUACUUUCUUGUUUUUGUUCUAAAAGAUACUAAUAGCUCACUUGAAAAAACUUCUUUUCGUAAGCGCUGUGUAAAUGUUCUUACUUAAAAUACUCGGAGUUCACAUGUUAUGAUGGAUCAAUGACUUUUAAUAAACAGCCAGUACACUUGUCUACAAUAACCAUGACACUGACAGAGCUUGUAUCAUAACUUUUAUAUAUUUGGUGACUUAUCUGCUUUUUAAAAAUAGUUUUAUACAGAGUUCAGAUUUCUGCACAGACUGCUUGAGCGGUCACAAGGGACAACAUGUCUCCUCAUUAAAUAGCCUUUAGAGGAAAUAUCAGCAUAAAAUGUUUGUGCCAGAAGUGCAGCUGUUAAAUAAAGUUCAUUGAGUGGAGACACCUUAA